AUGGCGACCCUGCUCACCGCCGGCGCCGGCACGUCCGCCGCCGAAUCGCCGCCGUCCACCCCUCAGCUCAUCCCCAACCUUCCCCAAGACAUCUCUCUCCAGAUCCUGGCUCGAGUGCCCCGCUUCCACUACCCUCUCCUCUCUCUAGUUUCGAAAUCGUGGCUGUCCGCCGUCAGAUCCGCCGAGCUCUUCCUCAACCGAUCCAUCCUCCGCACGACCCAAUUCUCUCUCUACCUCACUCUCCGCGUCGACUCCUCCUACAGAUGGUACGCCGAGCAGAGAAAUCCCCAAAAUUCCAGGCGCUCCUCCCUAAUCCCCAUCCCGUCAAUCCCGCAGCACCUCGUCGGCUCCUCAAUUCUCGCCCUAGGGCCCAAGAUAUAUGUAAUCGGCGGGUCGGUCAACGACGUCCCUUCCAACAGUAUCUGGAUCUUCGACUGCAGCCUCAGCAAGUGGGCCCCGGGCCCCAAGAUGCGGGCCGCCCGGGAAUUUUCCGCCGCCGGCUCGUGGGGCGGUAGGAUCCUCGUGGUGGGCGGGUGCAACGUGGACAGCUGGACCCGCUCCGCCAACUGGGCCGAGUCCUACGACCCGAGCACGCGGCUGUGGUCCCCGGUGCCGAGCGCGGUCGAGGUCAGGGACAGGUGGAUGCACGCGAGCGCCGUGAUUGGGGGCAAGUUCUACGCCAUGGCCGACAGGGGUGGGGUAGCGUAUGACUUGGGGUCCGGUGAGUGGGGGGCCGUGCCCAAGAGGCUGGAUCUGGGGUGGCGGGGCCGGGCGGCUGUUGUUGGUGGCGUGCUGUACUGUUACGACUACUUGGGGAAGAUCAGAGGGUAUGAUGUGGAGCGUGACGUGUGGAAAGAGUUGAAGGGUGUGGAUGAAAGCCUGCCGGAGUUUCUGUGCAGCUCGACCAUGGUGAAUUUGGAUGGGCGGCUCUGCGUGGUGUGGGAAGGGAGAGGGAGAGGGAAGGAAGUGGACGUGAUGUGUGCGGAGAUCGAGAUCUUAAUUAAAAAAAAUAUGAGUUUGAUGAAACGAAUAGGGUUACCUGCUGCACGAAUGGGUCUGGAUUCAUAUCUCGAAAAGGGUCGGCCUCUGAAAGCUGUCAGCCAUCAAGGAUGCUUAAAAUCAUCCAAGUGGAAAAUUUUCAUCAUCUAG